CCCUUUUCCAUCCCUGACUCUCUUCAUUUGUUUAUUGUAUCUCUGUUUUUUAAGAUGUGUUGGAAGGUUAAGCAGUAUUUAGACUUCAGAGUUCGGAUCAUGUUUGAUGGUUCUAAAAUGGGGAGUAAAUUGGUUUUUCUUCUUCUUUCAUGACAAUUAUUGAUAAUUUAUUAGACUAUUAGUCUAAUGGGGGGAGUGUGUUCAAGGAAGAGAGACCAACAGGUCGUUGAAGAUGGAAUGAGAAGAGGAGUGUCUGGAAGGUAUGGUAAAAGUGGUAGUUCAAAGUGGCUUCUAACCUCUUUUUUGCGACCCAAGGCAGUACAUCAGCCUGGAGUGGUCAUUUGUCCAUCCCUCAUGGAAUUAUGCAUUGAUAAAAUAUGCAAAGACAUCAACCAAUUUAGUUCUUUUACAAUGCUGCCAAAGGAUAUAAGUCAACAAAUUUUCGACAAGUUGGUUUUAUCCCAUCUCCUUACUGAUGUUAUACUUCAAAAGUUUCGUGAUUGUGCUCUAGAGGAUGUUUGGUUGGGUGAAUAUCCUGGAGUACAGGAUUGUUGGAUGGAUGUCAUCUCUUCGCAAGGGACAUCAUUACUUUCUGUUGAUCUUUCUGGUUCUGAUGUGACAGAUACCGGCUUGGGUCUCCUAAAAGAGUGCUUGAGUCUCCAAGCCUUAACUUUUAACAAUUGUGAAAAUAUUUCAGAAAUUGGACUGAAGCAUAUUAGUGGUCUAACGAAUUUGACAUCCUUGAGCUUUAAAAAGAGUGCGGCAAUUGCGGCUGAAGGGAUGUGUGCUUUUUCCAACUUAAUUAACUUGGAAAAGCUGGACCUGGAGAGGUGCACAGGGAUUCAUGGUGGAUUUGUACAUAUUAAAGGUUUACCUAAACUUGAGUCUCUUAAUAUCAGAUGUUGUAAAUGUAUUACUGAUUUGGACUUGGAGGCUAUUUCGGGGCUUAAUAAUCUGAAGGAGCUGCAGAUAUCAAAUAGUAACAUCACUAAUUCUGGGCUGUCUUAUUUGAGAGGUUUGAACAAACUUAAUAUGUUGAAUCUGGAGGGAUGUAACGUUACUGCUGCAUGCUUGGAUUCCAUCUCAGCUCUUAUUGCUUUGGCAUACUCAAAUCUUGGAAGAUGUGGCCUAACAGAUGAUGGAUGCGACAAGUUUUCUGGACUUAAGAAUUUGAAGGUAUUGAACCUGGCGUUUAACAAUAUAACAGAUGCAUGCUUAGUGCACCUAAAAGGAUUAACAAAUUUGGAGAGCCUGAAUUUAGAUUCAUGUAAAGUUGGGGAUGAAGGUCUUGCUCAUUUGACAGGCGUGUCAUUCCUCAAACGUCUAGAGUUGUCCGACACUGAAGUUGGAAGCAAUGGGCUACGGCACCUCUCUGGUUUGACUCAUCUGGAGACCUUGAAUCUGUCAUUCACUUUAGUGACUGAUAGUGGUCUAAAGAAGUUGUCUGGAUUGACGUCUCUUAAGUCACUUAAUUUGGAUGCUCGCCAAAUUACAGAUGCUGGGCUUUCAGCUUUGACAAGUUUGACUGGACUGGUGCAUCUAGAUCUCUUUGGGGCUAGAAUUUCAGACGGUGGAACAAAUUAUUUACGAUGCUUCAAGAACCUCCAAUCGUUUAAAAUAUGCGGAGAGGGUUUAACUGAUUCUGGUGUUAAAAAUAUCAAAGAUCUCCGCUCCUUAACGCUACUGAACCUUUCACAAAACGGCAACCUGACAAACAAAUCCUUGGAGUUGAUUUCAGAAUUGGCUGCAUUGGUGUCGUUAAAUGUUUCGAACUCCAACAUAACUAAUGACGGUUUGCCUUAUUUAAAGCCUCUGAAGAAUUUACGAUCACUAUCUUUGGAGUCGUGCCAGGUAACAGCCGCUGAAAUCAAGAAGCUUCAGUCAACUGCCCUCCCCAGCCUCGUCACCUUUCGACCGGAAUAAAA